AUCAACAUGGCCGCCAAACAACAAGGCAACAGGAAAACCAUGAAAACGAAGAAGAAUCUCCAGAAGAAGCGUCAAGCGGCCGCGAAGAAACACAAGAGGGUCCAGUCGAAGAAGCAGAAGAAGCGCCAGGCCAGCGAGGCGGGCAGCAGGCCAGUGUUGAGCAUCUCCUCCCCACGGAUGUUUGCCACCAAGAUCCUGCAGCAGAUGCCGAAGGUCCGCAUGGAAACCAAGGCCAGGGGGCUGAUGAAGACGUUGCUGAUGGACGUGUACGACCAAGUGUCGAACGAGGUGGAGAACCUGAUGCAGAACAAGGAACCGUCCGCCCUCGACCCCGCCGAGGUGCAAGCAGCAUUGAAGGAAGCCAUGACCAGGGAACUCGAGAAGCACUCGGCUGAGCCCGACAGCGUCGAGACGGCCGCGGCAUAGAGAAGCGGCCCUCCCGUUUCCUCGAGGCGGGAGCAAACCCCGAGAAAGAUCUUUUUAGCAUAUUAUUAGUCGAUAGAAGCAGCCUUGGAAUCGUCACCUUUACCGCCAACAACCCUUAUUGGAGCAGCGUUGGGAUGCCCGUGAGCUUCUCGGAGGACCCGU